GCUCUCUUGGUGUUGAUACAGAUAAAGUGCCAGUGUCUGUGAUGGAGGGAGAUUCAGUCACUCUACACACUGAUGUUAAAGCAAACCAGCAAGACAAAAUUAGAUGGUAUUUAAAUGGCAUUCGUAUAGCUCAAAUCAAUGGAGAUCUCAGUAAGAUCUGUACAGAUGUUCAGUGUAAUGAAGGUACUGAGAGAUUCAGAGACAGACUGAAGCUGGAUCAUCAGACUGGAUCUCUGACCAUCACAAACAUCAGAACCACAGACUCUGGAGUCUAUACACUAGAUAUCCUCAGCAGAAUAAUCAGUGAAAAGACCUUCAUUGUUUCUGUUCGUGGUGUGUCUGCUGUAGAGACAAAUGAAGUGAAGAUGAACUCAGUGAAGGAGGGAGAAUAUAUCACAUUAGAUACUGGUCUAAUAAUAGACAAAAAGGAUUUAAUGAUGUGGUAUUUUAAUGGAUUUCGCCUUGCUUAUAUCACUGGAGGUCCAGAAAUCUGGAAAUCUCCUCAGAGAUUCAGUGUCAGGCUGCAGCUGGAUCACCAGACUGGAUCUCUCAACAUCACAAACAGUAAAACCACAGACUCUGGACUCUAUAAACUAGAGAUCACCAACAGCAGCUGCACCAACUCUUUGCUGAGCAUCAGCAGCAGCAGAGUCAAGAGAUUUCAUGUUACAGUCAGUG